GUGAGUUUCUAAAACCACGACGACAUGGCAGCAAGAACGAGGCCACUGGUAUUUGAUACAGUGAAAGGCAGAACUCGCCAGAAGAGAUGGCUACCAAAAUCUAAAACUGGGUGUCUGACUUGCUGAGAGUGGCGAGUCAAAUGCGACGAACGUUGGCCAAAAUGCAUUCGCUGUACCAAAGGUGAUCGCGAAUGUACAUACCCAUACGAAAAAUAUGCAACUAGGAAUACCAAUCAAAGCAUUGCGCUCCUUCCGUUGCUAGCACAGCCGGCGCCCAGCACAGUUCCGACAGCAAACGUACCAGCAGCGCCAGACAUUACACUAUUUUCUAUGUUUCAGACCGAUGUUAUCCAUCAUCUUACCGAUAUCUUCGAUGAAUCGUUUUGGAAGAUGUGCUUGAUGCAGGCCAUGCAUACAUAUCCGGCGGUUUGGCAUGCCGCGAUAGCCACUGCAGCAACCUUCAAUUCUCUGUCUGGGGAAACAGGCAAAGCCAUCAUGGAUUCGCAAUACACAAUAUACAAGCAUCGGCAAAUGGCCUUGAUCCACUGCAACAAAGCUAUUCAGUGCUUGAGAGAGGUUGACCACGCAAAUUUGACUCUUGCGAAUCGCGAGAUGCUCCUCAUAGCGUGUAUGCUUCUCGCUUUCUACUCUACUCUACGCGGCAAAAAGAAACAAGAGGUUAUGCACAUGCGUAAUGGAGUGUACUUAUCGAGGCCUUGGUAUGAUGAAAUUCGAGACGGGGACACUGUAUUUCGGCGACUCCCCAACUGUGUCGCCUCAGUCACGUCCAUUACACUCAUCUUCCGCCGGCUGGAGAUGCAACCUUGUCUAGCACCACCCUUUGUACCGAUAAUGGAUACAAUAGGGGAGGGUGACCACCCAAACCACCCAAGCGCAGAUGUCCCCUUCAACUCUGCACUGGAGGCCUACGCCGAACUGAUGCCUCUUUCCACCCAUAUACUACGAUCACUCCGGCAUGUUGAAUCUGACGGCUCAAUUAUGGCAUACGCCACUGCACCUGGAGGGCUCCCUCUUCGUAAGGAGUAUUUUCUGUGGAGCAGACGAUUCCAACUAUACUAUCAGAAUUAUCUAGUAGAGCGGGCGAUGGGUAGAGUUCAACCAGAUGAGAUCAUACGAGCUGAACUGAUGCAUAUCAGAUGGCUUUCCGCAGAACCAACCUAUCUAAUUGAUCCAUCUGAAGAAGAGAUGGCGUGGGAUAAAUUCGAAGAUAGCUUCCGUUAUAUGAUAGUGGUUUGCGAGCGCUUAUUACCGAUUCUUCCACCAAAGACCAUAACCGAUAGACGGCCGCGACUUAUAUCGCCACAUGGCUAUAUCCUUGGUUCUGCCAUGUCUCGAGUUAUAAAUUCUUGCCGUAAUGCCGAACUACGUCAGCGCGUAAUUGAUCUCCUGGAGUUGGACCUUUAUGUCGUUGGUAUGGGUCGAUCAGCAAACCACAGCACAGGAAAGAUUAUGAUGCGUCUUGAAGAAGACGCAUGGCAGCAUGGCAGCGACAGCCACUGCCAGAGUGCUAUUGUAUACCUGGCACAACUAUUUGUAACUUGCAUCGAUUUUGUGCAAUGAGGAUGAAGCCUGAAGAGAAUGAGAUUACUCAUUACCUACUAAAAUGCCAUGACAGAGCAGUCGGGAAUAUUGGUCACAAGGUGAUACUACCCAUCCAUAAAGAG